CCCGGGCGAGGCUCCGCCCCUCUUAGCACAAAAACCCCUGCGCGUCUGCCUCCGUCUCAGCAUUUCUCCGCUCAGAACCCUCAGAAAAACACGCGAACGCACCAUGGACGUCCGCAGAGUGCCAGACCACGGCCGAAUGGAUUACGGCGAUUUCGACGACAUGGAAGCCAAGCACGGGAAGGCGAUGCCCUGCCACGAGGAGCGCUUCGACAGCGGCAUGGAUUCUAUCAAAGAGGAGGAGGACGCGCUGGGCGACGCGCUCCUGUCCCUCCGGGAACUGUCCGUGUGCGAAGACCCCGCGGCCGAAUGCGAGCCCUGGAAGACUGCAGUGACGGAAGACGGUGACACGCUGCUCCACUUGGCUGUCAUUCACGAAGCCACCGACCAUGCCCUCCAGAUGAUCAAACUCUCCCGCGGACAGUCGUUUCUCAACGUCCAGAACCACCAAAGACAGACUGCCCUCCACCUGGCGGUGAUCACGGAGCAGCCCCAGCUGGUGGAGAAGCUCCUGAAGGCCGGCGCCGACCCCCUGCUGGCCGACAACGGCGGGAACACGGCCCUGCACAUGGCCUGCAAGCGGGGAUCCCUGGCCUGCUUCGGGGUCAUCACCCAAAACUGCCAGAGCCACCUCACCGCCAUGGUGUCCUUCCCCAACUACAACGGACACAACUGUCUCCACUUGGCGUGCAUUAAUGGCUUCAUCUCUUUGGUGGAAAGCCUCGUUCAGCUGGGAGCAGACAUCAACGCACAGGAGCCGUGCAGCGGGAGGACGGCGCUCCACCUGGCGGUGGACCUCCAGAACCCCACGCUGGUCCGCUGCCUGCUGGAGCUGGGCGCCAACGUCAACCGCCUGAACUACGGCGGCUUCGCGCCGUACCACCUCACCUACGGCCGGCAGAACGAGGAGAUCCGCCGGCGGCUGAUGGAGCGCACGGCGCGCGAGCUCAGGGAGCUGCCCGACAGCGAGUCGGAGAGCGACAUGGAGGACCUGGACACGUCGGAGGACGAGCAGAUGUACGACGACAUCAAGUUCGGAAAGUAACGGCGUUCCCCCAGGUUCUGGUGGUUGAGAACGACAAGCUGCUAGCUGGGGUUUGCCGAGCCAAGCUCCCAAAAAGGGGACGAGUCGGGUCAUGCCCCCCCCUCUAACCCCCCCUACCCCACACUCAGACCUCCCGUCCGAGGCUCAGGCCCGCCAGUGCUGGCCCUGGGACUGCAACAAAGGAAUGAAGAAGAUGUCGGGGGGGAAAAAACACCACAGGGAGACACCAUGGCCUCCAUAUGGUGCAUCUGAAAUUGUAUAAAUAUAUAUAUAUAUAUAUAUUAUAAUGUAUAUACCAGACAGGUGUAACAUAUUGUAAAUACAGAGAUAUUAUUUUUGUACGUAGUGUGAAUUUAAACACUACUAAUGGGAAAAAAAAUGUUCCGAAAUUAAAAGGAAUUUAUGAAUAUGAGCAACUGACUCUUUUCUUUUCUCGACUGAACCAAGAGCUGAAUUUCCCUCCCCUGUGAGGAUGACUGAU